GGAGACGAUCAUGGAAAAGCUAGUAAAGGUCACCAAUUUAGAUUAUGAUUUGGAAGAAAUGACAAAGGUAAUUUUGUUUAUAUAAAAUAAAGAAUAUAUCUAGAAUGAUGUAAUAUAUAUAAUCAUCUGACAUCCAGUUAGAUUAAGAGAUUCAUAGGUUACUUUUCCCCCCAAAUCUUUCCAAAUCACAGGAGGCUGAAUAUCUAAAGGGGACAAGGAACAUCCAGGUGGCUGUAUGCAAAAUUUCAAAAAUGCCCUGGGAGAAGACUUUGAAUAAGUUUUGGACUAAUGAGGAUGAGGCAGAGGAAGAGCUCAGUCAGUUUAUAGGAGAUGUGAAAAGAGGUGUCCCUGGAGAGAGGUUGCGGCAAUUCAUGGAGAGCAAAGAAAAAGAUCCAGGGCAGAAAUCAACACCCAUGGUUUUCCAGGAGGAUCCCCGAACAUUUUUGAAGGCUGGGAGAGUGGAAAGCACUGUCGACAUAACAGUUUUUAAUGAGGAAAUAUAUGAUUGGCAACCAUUACUCCGCGUAUGUGUGGAUCUUCUUUCUCUGAAGGAGGACCACACAUUCAUAAUUUCCACUUCAUGGAGCGGAGUCAGCGACACGAAAAAGGCCAUGGAACUAAUGUACCCCAACAAAGGCACAACCGUUGUUGUAUAUUACAACAAAAAGAGUAACUGCGUCCAGCCCUUUGUGUGCCUUUCUUCUAGCAAGAGUACGGUAAAAACUUUGACAAUAUUGGUAGAAGGGCCCACAAAGACAGCCUUCUUUGAAAAGUUAUUUUCCCAGGUCAACAAAAAGGGAAAUAUCCUUGUCCUGCACUGUGGAAAAGGAGAAGCCCUACAAGCAGGACUGAGGAAGGGCUUCAAUGUUGUUGGAGUAGAUGGCAGAAAUGAGAUGAUCAGAUCCUGCAACAGAUUUCUUUAUUAGAUUAAAUUAUAAAAUAUUGAUUUGCAAACAAAAAGAAUUGAUUGAAACG